AAUAAAUAAAUUGUUUCGUGUGUACAACCUUUGUAAAAUAUAAUUAAUUAUUUUGCUCCUAACAUUUGUUAUUAAAAUUCAAAUUGUUGUUUAAUUUUUGCUAAAACAGGGGUGUAAAAAUAUAUGUACAUUUCUUUUAUGUAUAAAAAUAUUAAACAGAGAUAGGCUGAUAUCGUUUAUUUGUUACGGUUAAAAAAGUAUGAUUGCGGAAUUCAAAGAGAAGAAAAGAGAUAACAAUAUGCUUGUUAAACUAUGUUUUAAAUGUUGAAAGUGAUGUGCAUUGUUUUUAAUAAGUGUAUAUAUAAAAUUCAACAGGAAAUUUAUUAAAAAAAAAGACUGGCUUAAUAUAUAAUGUAGAGAAAUAGCAAUUUAUUUUAUUAUUAUUAACAUAAUUCAAAAAUACUAUUGGCAUGUUCAGUAAGAUAUAAAACAAAGCAAUAUAUGUCUAUAUGUCCCAGUGGUUAAAAAAAGGAAAUACUGUUUGUGAAAAUGUAUACACAUACGUAUGUAUAUAUGAAAAUGUAUUGUAAUUAAACAAAAAUAGUUGUGAAAUAAAUUAACAAAAUACAAAAAGAUAUUGUAAAGAUAUGUUUAUUUUACAAUUUCUUAAACUAUAACAUAAUUAGAGCAGCCGGUGGAUAACAACAUUUUUCGAUAACAAAAUAUCAAAAACAAAAUAAUUCAUUUAAGAAACCAUAUGUUGUGAAAAAAUGAAGAUACAUAUUCUUUCCUUCCUAACAGUUAUGUUGGUUAUGCAAUGUGUUACAUCUAUACAAAUUAGUAGCCAGAAAUCCUUGGAAACUUCAACAAUACCAUCGUCUACCUCUACGUUAAAGUCGUCGUCAUCAUCGUCGUCGUCUCAUCAAACACAUGUGUCAACGGGGACAUUAUUAACGCCAGCUCGUAAUGGGAUAUUGUUUACAAAUGCUGAUACUUCACUUUAUAGAAUUGGUAAAUUUGAGACGGCGGAUUUGAAAACAGAAAUCACCAGCAAUGCUUCAUCUUCGUCAACAUCCUCAAGACUGCAGCAGUUUCAAAAAACUGAAAACUCAAACAGAAGCACAUCCUCGUCAAAUUUAGCGGCGACGUCAUCAAUAUCAUCCGAUGAGAAUAAAAAUUUUAGUACAAUUAUUACACAUAAAGUUAACUUUGAUACGACACUAAAUCAUUUGGUUGUGGACACAGUUACUGGCCGUGUUUACGUUGGUGGAGUUAAUCGAUUGUAUCAAUUAUCACCCGAUUUAAAUAUUCAUGAGACCGUUAAGACGGGCCCAAAAAAUGACUCAGUCGAGUGUUCAAUUCUAGAUUGUCCCGUACAUGCCCAACGCAAACCCACCGAUAAUUAUAAUAAGGUUUUACUAAUCGAUCGUGCAACAUCGCGUCUAAUAGUAUGUGGCAGUCUUUUUCAAGGUACAUGCACAGUACGUAAUUUGCAAAAUGUGUCAAUUAUUGAACAAGAAGUGCCCGACGCGGUAGUGGCCAAUGAUGCCAACUCUUCCACUGUAGCAUUUAUUGCACCGGGACCUCCACAACAUCCUGUCACAAAUGUCAUGUAUGUGGGGGUAACAUACACAAAUAAUUCGCCCUAUCGCAGUGAAAUCCCUGCGGUUGCUUCACGUUCGUUAGAAAAAACCAAAAUGUUUCAAAUUGCCUCUUCGGCUGUUACAACGGGCACACGGACAUUUAUAAAUUCGUAUGCUCGAGAGGGAUACUUAGUAACCUAUAUUUAUGGAUUUAGCUCGGAGCGCUUCUCCUACUUUUUGACCACGCAAUUGAAGCACAACCAUCAUUCGAAUCCCAAAGAGUAUAUCACGAAACUUGUGCGCAUUUGUCAAGAAGAUUCCAAUUACUAUUCAUAUACGGAAAUUCCCGUGGACUGUAUAAGCACUGAGCAAGGCGGCACUAAGUACAAUCUGGUGGAGGCCGCUUAUCUGGGUAAACCUAGUGCAGAUUUAGCCGAGAACCUUUCGAUAACACCCCAGGAUGACGUUUUAUUUGCCGUUUUCUCUGAGGGACGAGGCAAUCAGUCAACAGAUAAUUCAGCUUUAUGUAUCUACUCGUUGAAAGCGGUACGCCGGAAAUUCAUGCAAAACAUUAAGUCUUGCUUCAACGGUGUGGGCUCAAGAGGCCUAGAUUUUAUAUCGCCCAAUAUGGCCUGUGUACCAACUAAAUUGCAAACAAUUGGGGAAGACUUCUGUGGUCUGGAUGUUAAUUCACCUUUGGGUGGAGAUCAGCCCAUCACUGCCGUUCCUGUGGCCAUGUUCAAAGACAAUUUAACCUCGAUAGCAGCCACAAGCAUUAGUGGUUAUACAGUGGCAUUCAUUGGCACUAAAAAUGGCUAUUUAAAGAAAGUUGUAGUUGAAUCUAGUACGGUGGCAAAUGAGUAUGCCAACAUACCAAUAAAUAUUGGAUCUCCUAUUCAUCGUGACAUGCAUUUCGAUAAUCAAAAUCUACAUUUGUACGUUAUGUCGCAAUAUCAAGUGGCCAAAACCAAAGUAUAUGACUGCAGUGAUUAUAAGACUUGUGGCGAAUGCUUAGGAGCUCGCGAUCCUUACUGCGGCUGGUGUUCGUUGGAAAAUAAAUGUUCCCCCAGAUCUACAUGUCAAGAUGAUGUGAACGACCCGCUCUACUGGAUUAGCUACAAGACCGGUAAAUGUACCACCAUAACUAGCGUGAUGCCGCACCAACUACAACGCACAACAGCACGUACUUUAGAAUUAAUAAUCGAUCAUUUGCCUCAACUAAAGGAAAAUCUUGUAUGUGCAUUCACCACCGAAGAGAAGGCUCUUUUUACAAAUGCCACCAAGAAGCGCAAUGGCGUUAAUUGUACAACUCCACGCACUGACAUGCUGCCGCAAAUUCAACAAGGAAAACACCAUUUCACAGCCAAGUUAUCUGUACGCACUCGCAAUGGACCGGAUUUAGUAUCUACUGAUUUCACAUUUUUCGACUGCAGCACACAUUCGUCAUGUACACGAUGCGUUUCAUCUGAAUUUCCGUGCGAUUGGUGUGUUGAGGCACACCGUUGUACACAUGAUACAGCAGAAAAUUGUCGCAAUGAUAUUUUGGUUACUGGGGUGAGCCGUAUAGGUCCCAGUUAUCGUUCUGGUCCCGGCUUCUGUCCCACCAUCAAUGCCACUGGCGAUGGAAGCGAAGUUUUAGUGGCAGCUGGUACUAGUAAAUCGAUUAAGGUUAAAGUGCAUAUCAUUGGACAAUUUAUAGUGCAAACGCGUUUUGUUUGCCAAUUCAAUAUCGAAGGGCGUGUGACGAGUCUAAAUGCUCAACUAUUGGGCGAUACUAUUUAUUGUGACAACAUGGAAUUUCAGUAUACAUCACGGUCGCCAAAUUUAACAGCAACAUUUGCAGUCAUUUGGGGUGGUUCAAAGCCUUUAGACAAUCCUCACGAUAUUCAUGUCGUGAUUUACCGCUGCCGUGAUAUGGCCGACAGCUGCGGCAUGUGUUUGGCCUUGGCUGAAAAAUACAAUUGUGGUUGGUGUUCAUCUACAAAUACCUGCGAAGUAGAAGAGCAGUGUAAUAAAAAUAAUAAUGAAGGCAAAACCGAUUGGUUAAAUCGCAUGGAAACUUGCCCCAACCCUGAAAUCCAUUCAUUUACUCCUAAAAAUGGCCCUUGGGAAGGUGGCACAAACAUAACGAUUCGUGGCAUAAAUUUGGGAAAAAACUUCACUGAUAUCUAUUCGGGUGUCCGUAUAGCAGGAAUAAAUUGUAUGCCAUUCCUGCAGUACUACAUUGACACGAAACAAAUUGUGUGUACAGUCGAUAGUCCUGGAGAACAGAUGUACCGCAAUGGACGGAUUGUAGUGCAAAUUGGAGAUUAUCGUGGCGAAUCAAAGGAGGACUAUGAAUUUGUAGAUCCGAAAAUAACAAAUUUUAGUCCUAAAUAUGGUCCAGUAUCGGGUGGAACACAAAUACGUAUAAUUGGCAAAUAUUUAAAUGCGGGAUCACGAAUUCAAGCGUUUAUAAAUGAUCAUUUGCCCUGUGAAAUUUUGAGCGUGGAUGUAAAUCAAGCUAUUUGUAGAACAGCUCCUUCACCUGGCAUAAUUGAGGGUCGUCUAAAAAUGGCAUUUGAUAAUGGACCACGUGAGUUUAAUGAGUAUAACUACAAAUAUGUUCUAGACCCCUCAGUUGAGCAAGUUUAUUCAGGACCAUCAGGUGGCCAGUUGAAAACCCCGAAGGGGGUACCAGCCGGCGGUAUCGAAAUUACUGUUACUGGCACUCAAUUCAAUUAUAUACAAGCGCCCAGUAUGUAUGUUAUAUAUCAAAACAUAACAUAUUUAAGCCAGUGUGUGGUAAAAUCUCCGACCGAUAUGACUUGCGAUUCGCCGGCUAUUGAAAUGGCCAACACCGAUUUGUUAGAUGCUGAAAAUCCCGAGAAACUCGAAUAUGGGUUUCUAAUGGACAAUGUUUUGCAGGUACAAAAUCUUUCACUAAAACAUAACAACUUCUUUGAGUUGUAUCCAAAUCCGAUAUACUUCAACUUUGAGGAACGUGUUAAAUAUUAUAAAAGCGAAUAUUUGACUAUAAAUGGCCGCAAUUUAGAUCGAGCCUGCAAAGAAACCGAUGUUCAAGUGUUCAUUGGCAAGAAGCUCUGUAACAUAACAUCUUUGUCACGUCAACAAUUAACAUGCCGACCUCCACCAGAACCCUUCAGCGGAGCUGACUACGAUGACGAUGAUAGCAGUGACCUUAGUAGUGGUAUGGAUGGCUCCGGACCUGAAGUGGUAGUACGUGUGGGACGUUCAUUAAAAUAUAGAAUUGGUGUGCUAAGUUAUGCCUCCCCAAAUAUCAUACACGAUCUGGGCAAAAAUGCAUUUGCUGUUGUUAUAGCCGGUGUAGUAGUAUUGCUAUUAAUUUUUGUUGCACUUUUGGUAGCUUACAAAAAGAAAACAUCCGAGUCUAAUCGCGUUCUACGAAACAUGCAGGAACAGAUGGAUAUCUUGGAACUAAGAGUUGCUGCCGAAUGUAAAGAAGCCUUUGCUGAAUUACAAACUGAAAUGACAGACUUAACGGGUGACUUAACUUCAGGCGGUAUACCAUUUUUGGACUAUUGUACAUAUGCGAUGAAAAUCUUGUUUCCUAACCAUGAAGAUCACAUUGUUUUGCAAUGGGAAAGACCAGAAUUAUUGCGCAAAGAAAAUGGUUUACGACUCUUUGGCAAACUAAUUAUGAAUAAAACUUUUCUCUUGCUUUUCAUAAGAACACUCGAAUCGAAUCGUUAUUUUUCAAUGCGCGAGCGUGUCAACGUUGCUUCUUUAAUUAUGGUUACGUUGCAAUCCAAACUUGAAUAUUGCACGGAUAUUUUAAAAACUUUGUUAGGUGAUCUAAUCGAAAAAUGCAUUGAAGGUAAAUCGCAUCCAAAACUACUAUUAAGACGCACCGAAAGUGUAGCCGAAAAAAUGCUUAGUGCAUGGUUCACCUUUUUAUUGUAUAAAUUUCUUAAAGAAUGUGCCGGUGAACCUUUAUAUAUGCUUUUCCGAGCCGUCAAAGGGCAAGUGGAUAAGGGCCCAGUUGAUGCGUGUACACAUGAAGCUCGCUACUCAUUGAGUGAGGAAAAGCUUAUACGUCAAUUAAUCGAUUUUAAGCCAAUGACUGUGUACGCCAGUAUUAUACAACAGCAAAUAUUUUGUAAUAAUAUGGAGAUGCUACCAUCUCAUACCGAAAAUGUGCCAGUAAAAGUUUUAGAUUGUGACACAAUCGGACAAGUAAAGGAAAAGUGUUUGGACACCAUUUAUCGUAAUAUACCAGCAAGUCAGAGACCACGCAAAGAUGAUUUGGAUUUAGAGUGGCGAACAGGCACAACAGGCCGUGUCAUUUUAUAUGAUGAAGAUACCACAUCUAAAACAGAAAAUGAAUGGAAAAAGUUAAAUACUUUACAGCAUUAUAAUGUUCCUGAUGGUGCUGGUUUAAGUUUGGUACCAAAACAAAGUUCAAUUUAUAAUUUCUCCAUACUAUCGGACAAAAAUGAAAAAUCUCACAAAUACGAAACCUUAAACUUAUCAAAAUAUACAUCGUCGUCGCCUACAUUUAGUCGUGCUGGCAGUCCAUUAAAUAAUGAUAUGCAUGAGAACGGUAUAAAAUACUGGCAUUUAGUAAAACAUCACGACAACGACUUGCAAAAAGAGGGAGAACGUGUCAAUAAAUUAGUAUCCGAAAUCUAUUUAACCCGUUUGCUAGCUACUAAAGGUACUUUACAAAAAUUUGUUGAUGAUCUCUUCGAAACAAUAUUUAGCACAGCACAUCGUGGUUCAGCAUUGCCACUGGCAAUCAAAUAUAUGUUUGAUUUUCUGGAUGAUCAAGCCUUAUUACAUGGCAUUACAGAUCCUGAGGUUGUGCACACAUGGAAAAGCAAUAGCUUGCCACUAAGAUUCUGGGUAAAUCUUAUUAAGAAUCCCAACUUUGUUUUUGAUAUACACAAAUCAAAUAUUGUUGAUUCUUGUCUAUCAGUAGUCGCACAAACGUUUAUGGACUCCUGUUCUACAUCAGAUCAUAGACUAGGUAAAGAUUCACCAAGCUCAAAGCUGUUGUACGCUAAAGACAUACCAGAAUAUCGCAAAUGGGUUGAUCGCUAUUAUCGUGACAUCAGAGAAAUGCCACCAAUAUCUGAUCAAGAUAUGAAUGCAAUGUUAGCUGAAGAGUCAAGGCUUCACACAUCGGAAUUUAAUACGAAUUGUGCCCUCCAUGAACUUUAUACAUAUGUAGUGAAAUAUAACGAACAAUUAACCGUAACAUUGGAAGAAGACGAAUUUUCUCAAAAGCAACGACUUGCCUACAAACUAGAACAAGUACACAAUAUCAUGUCAGCGGAAUAAUAAUAAGAAUUUUCUUAUAUGAAUAUCAAAUCAAGGAUGAAAAAAAAAAAUAAAUUCUAAUAUUUGUAAUCAUAAUAUAAUUAAAGGAAAAAAAAGGAAAACAUAUGGGUGUUCAAAGAAAACAUAAAAAUAGUAAUUAAAUACAUAAUUAUAGGUUGGUAUGAA